AUGGAAGUCGACGAUGAGACCUACGAAGUAUUCGCCAGCAUAUUCUUAAUUAGACGCGACAGGAAAGGCACACUGGCCUGGGGCGACUUUGUUAAAGUCGCAAUGACCAAAGUUGGGUUCACAUAUCACUCGCUCAAGGGGUCCAAACGGCAGUUCUGGCCCAAAUCACCUGGCCCUCCGCUGCCCUGGGACGAGCCACAUGGGAAGAAGAAAGGGGUCAUUACGCGCAAUGUAAAGGGCCACCUGGCGACGAAGUUGGGAAGACUGUACGGCUGGGACGCCGAUAGUUUCAAUACAGGAGUAGGCAUACGAUCAUGUAGUGUAGUGAAAGCGGCGGGCAUGUACAACGGGAUCCCGACCCCAUCGGAUGGAUACUAA